AUGAAGGACCUUCGACUCUGCGCCAUCCGGUCUCCUGACCCCGACAACGGGAUCGAAGUGGAUUCAACACCUCUCCUUAUGCACCUAGUGAAUGCGAGUGUCAGCAACGAUGCGCACGCUUCUGGUCGUUACAUAUCGCUCUCCUCUGUUCGAUACCUCAGCCUGUCUGGCAUCCACGCACGGUUGGAUGUGGUACAAACUUUCCUGUCCCACUCUCCCAACGUCCAGCGCUUGGUCAUGACAGAUUGCUCGGCGACGUUCCACAUGGGCUUCGUGACCACACUCUUCCCGGACGACGCCCUCGAGCGGUACUGGUCUGGUCGCGGUUGCAGCACCAUGAUGCCCGCGCUGGAGGCGGUGGCCUGUGACAACGGUCCGUACCGCACGAACCUGGGCUUGGCUCGCCCGCUCUAUGCGUGCCUCAAGGAGCUCUUUGAUCCACAAAUGCACCCGCCUGGUCCGGGACGGAACGACCAGCUCCGAAAUUUCACGAAUCAAGCCGACCGCUACUUGAACGACACUCGAAUUUGGCAGCGGCGCCCUGCACAAAUUUUGACCGCAAGCGAGCGCACGUUCCCGGCCGACCCUGUUGAGAUUGUCAUUAGGUACCGCUGGUAUUGA